AUACAUAUAUAGAAAUUCCAAUUCUAUAUGGUUACACUAUAAUUAAUCCUAGCCAUUACAACUCAAAUUAUUAUAUAAUAUACAACUGUUAAUUUAGAUCGGACGGUCGAAAUCAAUAAUCCAAUUUCUCUCUUGAUCUCAUUUCAUCUCUUUCUUUUCUUUCAAGUGAAAAACAUAGUGAACAGAACACACUCGUGUGGGCUUGCAUCUUUUCUUACCUUUUUGUCAUCUCUCUCUGUCCUAAGUUUGAAAAACCUCAUUCAAUUUCCUAUUCUAUUUCUUUUCUUAUUAUCUCUCCUUUAAAACGUUGCUGUUUUCUUUUCUUUUCAUUCUUAUAACAACAACUCAAACCCCACCUUGUGAAAGUUUUAACUCUCUGCUACCUCUUCAUCCACUUUUUAUUCCCAAUCUCUCUCUCUCUCUCUCUCUCUCUCUCUCUCUACUGUAAUUCAGUUUCACUCACGGGUGAAUCACAGAGAUGGAAUAAUACAACAAUGUUAUUAACUCUUUCAUUUUCACAUGUUUCAUCUUUCAUGCAAGAAUAGAGUAACAAAAACAAACUAUUUUUGUUUCAUUUUUCAUGUCAGGUUUUCCUCUUCAAGCAUUUUGUUAUUUCCUAGGUGAAAUAUAGAACUUAGAACAACCACUUUUUCAUCUCAAACUUCAUCUCUUUUCACAGUUUUGUUUUUACUUGAAUCUCCAUGAUGAGUUCACAAAACUUCAACAAUGGUCAUAUCACUGAUAUGGCUCUUUUCCCUUUAGCUCCUAUUCCUCAUUCUUCUCAUUCUUUGACAAAUCCUGAAAUGGGUCUUCAGAUUUUGAGACCCUCUUUGUUUCAGUCCAAAGAGAUGAAGGAAACAAAGGAAGAAGAUGUUUACUUUGGGAUUCAUAGCAAAAACUUGUCUUUGAAACUUGGUGAUGAAGAAGUAGAAGAAAAAAGCUCUGUUUCUGUGAAGAUUGGUUACUCCAAACUUUGUUCUAGAGGUCAUUGGAGACCAGCUGAAGAUGCAAAACUUAAGGAACUUGUUGCUGAAUAUGGUCCUCAAAAUUGGAACUUGAUUGCAGAACAUCUUGAUGGAAGAUCAGGAAAAAGUUGCAGAUUAAGGUGGUUUAAUCAACUAGACCCAAGAAUCAACAAAGGAACUUUUUCUGAGGAAGAAGAGGAAAGACUUUUAGCUGCUCAUAAAAUGUAUGGUAACAAAUGGGCUAUGAUUGCAAGACUUUUUCCAGGAAGAACAGAUAAUGCAGUGAAGAAUCAUUGGCAUGUGAUUAUGGCUAGGAGGCAUAGGGAACAGUGUAGUGUGUAUAGAAGGAGAAAACCAGUUUUUGAAAGCAUUUCAAAGGGUUUGAAAUUGAGUCUUUCAAACAAUGCGGCAAGUGAUUCAACUAUCUCAAGCACCAUUGAUGGAAAUGCAUCAGCUAGAACUAAUCUCUCACUCACUCCGUCUUCGGCUAAUCUAAGUCCUCAACUGUUUCAUAAACUUGUGACUCCAGUUCCUAAUCACCAAGGCCAUGGAUCCCUAAUUAUGGGUAAGUCUAGAGAAAAUGUGGUUGCAACUAGGGAUGCAAGUUUUGACAAAUAUUUUGGAGCUAGUAAGAAGCAAGAGCAAGUGGAAAAGCUAAAGGUAAUAGAUGUGGUCCAGUCCAAUUUUUCAGAUUCAAACUCAGAAGUAUCAGCAUCUGAGUCAGUUACAACCAAUAGGUCCAAUAUCUCAAUUUCUGGUGAAAGUGAAAAUAUUGGUGUUAAGAAUUUUAACAUGUUACCAUUCAUUGAUUUUCUUGGAGUAGGAGCUUUACACAGCUAAAUGUUUGAUACAUGAAGAAUGGUUAGGAAAGUAAGGUUAGUCAGAUGCAAUGGAACCAUUUGUGUUGGAUGAAAAUGAGUCUGCUGUAGUGUAUUCCUUUGUACACAGUUUGUUCCAUAAAUGGCAAAAAGUAAAAAGUGAAAAAAAAAUUUUAAUUGAAGGAAAGCAAAGAAGAUAGUGCGUCAUUAAGUUUAUGUUUGGUAUCACGAUAAAUAAGUUAGAAUUACGAUGAUCAACUGUAAUUUUACAAAGUGUAACUUUUAAAAAAUUACGGUGAGUCACUGUGAUUCUGAUAUACCAACCAUGACACCAGACAUAAGCUAAGUCAUUUAUGAAGCGAUAAGUUAGGAGAGUAGUUAUGAGUUAGGACUAUAAUAAUUUUCUAAACUCCUGGUUUUGGACUGUUUCUGAAGUAGUAGUAGCAGAAUAGUAGGGAACUUGUUUGUUAUGACUGUGGUAGUUUUGGCAUUUUGUUAAUCAGAAGCCAAAUUUUAUGA